AUGGCGCUCCCCGUGCGGACUAGCUUCCAACAUCUUCGCCGACUCACUCACAGGUUUACGUCCCCUCAGAGGUCGCUGUCGUCUGGCUCCGGUACCGGGAACGAGGAGCCUCCGGGAGGUGGCCGCGUGUUCUCGGGGAUCCAGCCCACCGGGGUCCCCCACCUGGGCAACUACCUGGGCGCCCUGGAGACCUGGGUGGGCCUGCAGGCCCGGUUCCCCCAGGUGCUGUACAGCAUCGUGGACCUGCACUCCGUCACGCAGCCUCAGGACCCGGCGCUGCUGCGCACCAACAUCCUGGACAUGGCCGCCAGCCUGCUGGCCUGCGGCAUCGACCCGGAGAGGGCCAUCCUCUUCCAGCAGUCUGAGGUGUCGCAGCACGCUGAGCUCUCCUGGAUCCUCGGCUGUCUCACCAGUAUGCCCCGCCUCCGACACCUGCCGCAGUGGAAGAUGAAGAGCAAGCUGAAGCAGGAGGGCAGCGUGGGCCUCUACACCUACCCGGUGCUCCAGGCCGCCGACAUCCUGCUCUACAGGUCCACCCACGUCCCCGUGGGGGAGGACCAGGUCCAGCAUCUGGAGCUGGCUCAGGAUCUGGCUCGCAUCUUCAACAACCGCUACGGAGACCUGUUCCCUGAACCCACCGCGCUGCUCAGCUCGACACUGAAGGUCAAGUCUCUCCGCGACCCUUCGGUCAAAAUGUCCAAAUCCGACCCCCAGACCAUGGCGACCAUCUUCAUCACCGACUCGCCGGACGCCAUCGCCCUCAAGGUGCGCCGCGCCGUCACCGACUUCACCUCCGAGGUGACCUUCGACCCGGAGCGGCGGCCCGGCGUGUCCAACCUGGUGACCAUCCACGCCGCGGCGGCCGCCAUCGGCGUGGAGGAGGCAGUGGCCCGGGCCCGGGGCAUGGACACGGCGGCCUACAAGGCGCUGGUCAGCGAGGCCGUGGUCCUCCGGCUGACCCCCAUCAGGGAGGAGAUCCAGAGGCUCCGGGGGGACCGAGCCCACCUGGAGGCCGUGCUGGCCCGCGGGGCCCGAGCGGCCCGGGAGCUGGCGGCGCCGCUGCUCCACGAGGUCCGGCAGAGGGUUGGGUUCUGCUGACGGUCGCACACAUUGGAGUGUUGUUGUUUAUCCUUCAUGUUUACCUGAGCGUGACCUCUGACCUUUAGAGGGGGUCCUUGAUGUUGUGCAUACGAGCAAUAAAACUAUGAGAGAAGACUGA